UGAGCUUGUUCAUUAAAAAAAGCUUCACCUCUCGGCAAAUACAUUACUGCGCCAUUAUUGUGUUCACGUCCUAUCGGGUGUUCUGGCGCUUUUAUAAAGGAACAGUAUGGCGGACGAAGAAGUUAUACCCGAAAAGCCGAUACAAAUUGAUCCUGAGACAACUGUCGUGGUUGCUGACGUCGCUCUAGAAAAUGCUGCAGCAGAGGCAACUCCCACUGUCCAAACUCCAAAGACAAGAGAAUUUCAUUCUCUCUCAUUCAAGCUGAAAGUAGUCGAGAAAGCAAAACAAGUUGGGAACUGUGCUGCGGGACGCGAGUUCAAGGUUCCUGAGUCUUCGAUUCGCAAAUGGCGCAAGCGACACUCCCUAGCUGGUGCCAUCUCCAAUUUAAACUCCCCGACUAGAUAUGCCAUGCGACAUCCAGACAUCGAAGAUGACUUAGUUGCAUGGAUAAAGACCCUAGAUGGCCAAGGGAUUUCUGUGAAGUAUUCAGAAAUACGCGACAAGGCAAUGGAGUUUGCAAGGGAACGUAACAUCCCUGAACACAUGUUCAAAGCACGCUCGUCAUGGGUGCAACGAUUCCUCCAGCGCCAUAACCUAAGCACCGCGCGACAGAUUGCUCGCAGGCAAAAAGUACACGAUGAACAUCAACAUUUAUUUGAAAACGCUGAAGAAAUUGUAUUGUCUGCAGCAAUGGCAGCUCAGAUAAGCUUAGAGGACCUACAAACGACCAGUGUACCCAUUGCAUAUGUGAGGCGUGUUGAAAAAUUCUGCGCAUCUCAUAGACUUCAUAGCAUUUACUUCACACAUGAAGAAAACAAGCAAGUGUAUGGGAAGUGUAACAAUCCGAAUGGACACGGUCAUAAUUACACAGUUGAAGUUGUUCUGAAAGGAAAGGUGGAUCCUAAGACUGGAAUGGUGAUAAAUCUUGUUGACUUGAAGAACAUUAUGCAGAAAGCUAUAAUGGAGCCUCUAGAUCAUCGAAACCUGGAUGUGGAAGUCGCGUUCUUCAAGACCCGCGUGAGUACAACAGAGAACGUGAGCAUAUUUAUAUGGAACCAGAUGUUGGCUCAUCUUCCUCACCCAGAAAUUUUGCACGAAGUUAAAAUUUUUGAAACAGAUAAGAACAUCGUAUCAUAUAAAGGCGAGUUGAGUGGGUGCUAAAUGCUCAGUUUGCUUAAUGUUUUUAUAAAUUGUUUUAAACCAAGAAUGUUGUAAAGCAAAUGUUUAAUGCGCUCCAUAUGAGCACAGCUGUCACAUCAAGGGUAUUGGCAUGGGGACCACCAUGGUGAAAACUAAGGGAAUGCCGUUAUUGAAGUUUUGAUGGCAGAGGGGUGGGCGUUAAGCCAUGCCAGUCAGGGCAAUCCAUCACACCCACACCGCAGGGUAACUUAUAUACCAUCAAAAUCAAAAUAAUAGAAAUUGUAUACAGUAUUGUGAAAGUGUGUAAGUUGUAUAUUUCAAUACAUGUCAAAAUAGAUUUUAAUUGCUGGUAAUAACACAGUGAUAGUAGUAGUAGUAGUAGUAGUAGUACAAAAGUAGAAAUUUACUAGCUUGAAUAACUAUCAGGGUUAAGGCAGCAGGGGAAGAUUCGGGAAUUCAUAGAAGAGGGGGCCCAGUAAGCGAGUCUCAUUAUGGGAAGUUACCUCAGCGCUACCAUGGUUGGGGCUGAGGCAAAAAAAUAUAUGAUUAUGGCACUUCUAGAUGACUGGAAAUGGCAUCAUCAAGCUUAAAUUUGAAUAUAAUUUCCUUUUUUCUCCAUUUUUAUAAAUUGGG